AUGGCUGGACAGCCUUCAAAUAAUCGGGACGACUUACUUCUCGAUUUACACGAUGAACAACCAAUUUACCACACCGGGCAGCGCGCCCCUAUGAAUGAUGACGACCUUUUGCGCGCCUACAAUGCAGAUCAUGAUGAGUCGAACCCCAGACCUUCAAUUUCUUACGACAACUUCGUUGGCGCACCAUCUCCUUCUACGCCAUCUACCACCAACAAUCUCCCAGGAGGGCCUGGCUAUCAACCGAGUGGAGCACAACCGCCAUACAUUCAUGCAAACUCAGCAUCAUACAGUCAAACUUCAGGAUUGAAUAAUUAUCAACGAUAUGCGGAUGAUUUGGACGAUUUCCCGGAUGAUGGGCAUUCUUCGGAGUAUUAUCAACAUGGAACAGCAAUUCCUGGUGAUGGGGCAGAAAUGAGGGGUCAUGGUCGAAAUCGCAGUAGCAUAAUGAGCUUGGGAGGUGGAAUCAUGGGCAAGGCGAAGAGUAUGUUUGGAAUGGGGGCUGAGUAUUCGGAAAUGGAUCUACCAUUGACUGAAGCCGGGGCGAGGAAUCGAGCAGAUACACAUGAACCUGAAACGCCUGUACAAUCUGAAAGUAAGCUGGGGAAAUUCAAAUUUGGAUUUGGUAGAGGAAAGCCAGAUCCUUCAACUCUUGGUCCCAGAAUUAUACAUCUCAACAAUCCCCCUGCCAACAGCGCAAGCAAAUAUGUGGAUAAUCACAUAUCUACAGCCAAGUACAACGCUGCGACCUUUCUACCGAAGUUCUUGUUCGAGCAGUUUUCUAAAUUUGCCAAUCUAUUCUUCUUGUUUACUGCAGCAUUGCAACAGAUUCCCGAUAUUUCCCCAACGAACCAAUACACCACCAUCGGACCUUUGAUCUUGGUCCUCUUGGUAUCUGCCGGUAAAGAAGUAGUUGAGGACUACAGGAGAAAAACAUCUGAUACUUCGCUGAACAAUUCAAAGGCUCGUGUUUUACGCGGGUCUUCAUUCGCGGAUACUAAAUGGAUCAAUGUUUCAGUUGGCGACAUCGUUCGUGUAGAAUCCGAAGAGUCAUUUCCUGCAGAUAUUAUUUUACUAGCCAGUUCGGAACCGGAGGGACUAUGCUAUAUUGAGACUGCCAAUCUAGACGGUGAGACUAAUCUCAAAAUCAAGCAGGCCAUUCCAGAAACAUGUGUGAUGGUCAGUUCCAACGAACUUAGUAGAUUGGGCGGAAAGCUACGAUCGGAACAACCGAACAGCAGUCUAUAUACCUAUGAGGGUACACUUACCGUGGCUGCUGGCGGUGGAGAGAAGGAGCUUUCUUUGCAACCAGAUCAACUUUUGCUCAGAGGUGCAACACUACGUAACACUCCCUGGAUUCACGGAGUUGUUGUAUUUACUGGUCACGAAACCAAGCUUAUGCGGAAUGCGACGGCAACGCCGAUAAAGAGAACUGCCGUGGAGCGCCAACUCAAUAUUCUGGUUCUAAUGCUCGUAGCUAUCUUGAUCGCGUUGAGCGUCAUAAGUUCAUUGGGUGAUGUUAUAGUUAGAUCAGUCAAGGGAGCAGAAUUAAGCUAUCUUGGUUAUUCUGCUUCAAUCACCUCGGCGAAAAAAGUCUCGCAAUUUUUUUCUGAUAUAGCCACUUAUUGGGUUCUGUAUUCUGCUCUGGUACCAAUUUCUCUUUUCGUCACUAUUGAAAUGGUCAAAUACUGGCAUGCAAUUUUGAUCAAUGACGAUCUCGACAUGUAUCAUGACAAGACUGAUACCCCAGCUGUCUGUCGAACAUCGAGUUUAGUCGAAGAACUUGGUAUGGUAGAAUACAUUUUCUCAGACAAAACUGGAACAUUAACAUGUAAUCAAAUGGAAUUCAAGCAAUGCUCUAUCGGUGGGAUUCAAUACGCAGAGGAUGUGCCAGAAGAUCGCCGAGCCACCAAUAUCGACGGUCAGGAGGUCGGGGUUCAUGACUUUCAUCGACUUAAGGAUAAUCUCAAAACGCAUGAGUCGGCUUUAGCUAUUCAUCACUUUCUUGCCCUUUUAUCUACUUGCCAUACCGUUAUCCCUGAACGAUCUGAUGAGAAGGGCGGAGCUAUCAAAUACCAAGCAGCAUCUCCCGACGAAGGCGCUCUGGUCGAAGGUGCUGUUUUGAUGGGUUACCAGUUUACUGCACGCAAGCCAAAAUCUGUACAGAUAAGUGUAGGGGGGGAGACUUAUGAAUAUGAGCUUCUUGCGGUUUGCGAAUUUAACUCAACGAGAAAGCGAAUGUCGGCAAUUUUUCGAUGUCCAGAUGGACAAAUCAGAUGCUACUGCAAAGGGGCUGAUACUGUUAUCUUGGAACGGCUUGGUCCAGACAACCCCCAUGUUGAGGUCACACUUCAGCAUUUGGAAGAAUAUGCUUCUGAGGGUCUAAGAACACUUUGUCUGGCAAUGCGAGAAAUUCCUGAGAAUGAGUUUCAAGAGUGGUGGUCAGUCUUUGAUAGAGCACAAACUACCGUCAGUGGUAAUCGUGCUGACGAAUUGGAUAAAGCUGCUGAAAUUCUGGAGCGGGAUUUUACGUUACUUGGAGCCACAGCGAUUGAAGAUCGUCUGCAAGAUGGUGUUCCCGAGACGAUCCAUACUCUACAAGAGGCCGGCAUCAAGGUCUGGGUAUUGACCGGAGAUCGCCAAGAGACUGCUAUCAACAUUGGAAUGAGUUGCAAGCUGAUCAGUGAAGAUAUGACUCUUCUCAUCGUCAACGAGGAAACAGCAAUGGAUACUAGGAACAAUAUACAAAAGAAGCUCGAUGCCAUACGAACACAAGGUGAUGGCACCAUUGCUAUGGAAACUCUUGCUUUGGUUAUUGAUGGAAAGUCUUUAACUUAUGCUCUUGAAAAGGAUUUGGAGAAAGACUUCCUUGAUCUUGCUGUUAUGUGUAAAGCUGUCAUAUGCUGUCGUGUAUCUCCACUUCAGAAGGCUUUGGUCGUCAAGCUCGUCAAACGCAAUAAGAAAUCUAUCCUAUUGGCCAUUGGUGAUGGAGCGAAUGAUGUCUCAAUGAUUCAAGCAGCCCACAUUGGUGUUGGUAUCAGUGGUAUGGAAGGUCUACAGGCCGCCAGAAGUGCUGAUGUUGCGAUCGGACAAUUCAGAUAUCUGCGUAAACUUCUCCUAGUUCAUGGCGCAUGGAGUUACCAACGAGUUAGCAAAGUUAUUCUCUAUUCUUUCUACAAAAACAUCACGCUAUACAUGACACAAUUCUGGUAUUCAUUCCAAAACGUUUUCUCUGGAGAAGUCAUCUACGAAUCCUGGACGCUAUCAUUUUACAACGUCUUCUUUACAGUGCUCCCUCCACUUGCAAUGGGUAUCUUUGAUCAAUUUAUAUCUGCUCGACUUCUCGAUAGGUAUCCGCAACUUUAUCAACUGGGUCAAAAGAAUACCUUUUUCAGACAACAUUCAUUCUGGGCCUGGAUUGGUAACGGUUUCUAUCAUUCUUUGAUUCUAUACAUCGCCUCGGAACUUAUCUGGUGGCGUGAUUUGCCCCAGGGCGACGGCAAAACAGCGGGCCAUUGGGUAUGGGGUACAGCACUCUAUACUGCAGUCUUGGCAACUGUUCUUGGAAAAGCAGCUCUAGUAGUAAAUGUUUGGACAAAAUAUCACGUUAUUGCCAUACCUGGCAGUAUGCUAAUCUGGAUCAUUUUUAUCGCUGUGUAUGCUACGGUGGCGCCUAAGCUCGGCUUCUCCAUGGAAUACGGGGGUGUUAUACCGCGAUUAUUUGGAAGUCCUGUCUUCUGGAUUCAAGGUUUGGCAUUGCCUAUGUUAUGCUUGCUGAGAGACUUUUCAUGGAAAUACGCUAAACGGAUGUAUUAUCCACAAUCCUACCACCAUAUCCAAGAGAUCCAGAAAUACAACAUUCAAGAUUAUAGACCAAGAAUGGAGCAAUUUCAGAAAGCCAUUCGCAAGGUUCGUCAAGUUCAGCGUAUGCGUAAACAGCGUGGUUAUGCCUUCUCUCAGGCGGACGAAUCGCAAACCAGAGUGCUACAAGCAUACGAUACGACGAAGGAGAGAGGAAGGUACGGAGAGAUGGCGAGUUCAAAUAGGAAUCGUUGA